AAAACCCAAUAAACACCCAUAAACUCCCAUAAUCACCCAAAAAAUAGGUUUUUACGUAUUUUUUUGAAAAUAUGUAAGUAAUACCAAUAAAUUAUUUUUAUAAAUUGUAUUGAUCAAUUCUACAAUAUUAAAUAAAACGUUAACUAAUAAUAUUUCAGGAAAUUUUAAAAAUCUAUAUAUAAUAAAAUGAAAGUAAUUAAUUUUCAGUGUUUUCAUGUUGCAGUUGAUCAACAUGUUGGCCUUUUGCUUCCCGUAGAUACUUUAAAAUUUCUUCAUAACACCUCGUUCGCACACAUGGCCGUAUAUAUUUAAAUUCUUGAGCCACUAACAGUCCGAAAUACUCAUUUCUUUUAUCCUCUUCUCCAUAAAUUAAGCAUUUAGAACAGUUUGUUUCUUCUUUCAGUAAAUUUUCUUUUACUUUACCCUCGUUUUUUUUCUUUGUUGCGACGACGCUGGGUAAAUCAUCUGGACACUGGGUCUCACUAUCGCCAAAUAUAUUUGGAGAUCGGCUUCGGCUACGGCUUGGCAGACAUUUUUUUCUUUCUACAAUUUUAAAUUAAAUUUAUUAGAAUAAAUGCUUCGAACACACGCGAUCUAAGUACCUUUUGUGUUUAUUAUACCUUACCUACCUAGGUAUAAAAAGAGUACUUACGUAGAUUUUCUUUUAUUAACUGUUUUAUACGAAGAUCUUGAUCUCUCAAAUUAGCAUCCAUUUUACUUCCAGUGAUUAUCAACUAAAUUAAUAAUCCACAAAGUAUUAAAUAACGUUUUUAUGAAAUAUUUAGCACAAAAACAAUACCCUUUAAAUAUCGAUCGUCAGUAACUGUGGCUGACUUACCUAUAUUCUAGCAAGCAGGACUGCCAGAUGUGAAGGGGAAAACCCCAAUAAAUUGUUGCAUGUGACUGAUGAUGUGAGCAUGUUCGUUUCAUAAUAAAAAUGUUGCCAGGUAACCAAAAAGUCGUAUGUUUUUGUGCGAAUUACGAUCAUAAUCUUUACGAUCGUACAUUAAAAAAUAGACAAAUAAUAGUAUGAGUACGAUUUAAAUCGUAUAUCUGUCAACCCUGCUAGCAAGACAGCGACAAAAUCACGUUGCAUAACAAUGUAGCCCAAGCUUAUAUCUUAUGAAAUAUACGGAAGAGAUACGGACUUAGAAAAAACAGAAAUGUUGUUCUUUGUGGAAGUCAUUGAUGAAAUUCUAUGUAUUUUAGCCCGCAAACUUUCUUCAAACAAAAACAGCGCCAUCUAGUAUCGAGUUCUGUAAUUAUCUCUUUGUUUAUGGAUUUGAAGUAAGACCGCCACGCAUGCAAUACAUUAUGACUGGGGAUUCCCCUAUUCGUCGACGCUGAAUAUGAGGCGACGACAAUCACUGUCAAACGUGUUCACUAUUACUCUGACUCUGGUAACGUGACUUCCUGGUAACGUGUUAGGUAGGAAAAGCAGUAAAAAAGUGCAUAUUAAGGGAGCAGAUUUGAAAUAAUAUUUAUACUUAACAAGAAAUAAUUAAAGGUUCAAUGGGGAGACCUAAAGAUUUACGCAUAUGGGAGCACUACCGUACUUUACCAAACAAGUCUGUUUCUUGCAAGCUUUGUAAUAAGGUCUACAAAUUCAGUAAUGCUGCCAAAAUGCUUCAACAUCUUAUCACUUGUCCAAAAUCUCCAGAAACAUUAAAAGACUCUAUGAAACUUAUAAAAGAUAGCUCGUCCAAAACCAAAAUGUCUGGACUGUCAGAGAUAGAGACAAAUGAUUCUUUUAUAAGCCCCUCGUCGUCUGCUAACACUACAAUAAAUGCUGAGUUUCAAGACACCGAUGAUCAUAUAAAAACAGAAUUAGCGAGAGCUAUAUUUGUAACAGGGACGCCAUUAUCGAUGGUGCAACAUCCUUUAUGGAUACAAUUUUUCGAAAAAUUGCAACCAAAAUUUAAAAUACCUUCACGUAAAGCUUUAGCGACAAAAUACUUAGAUAAAAUAUAUAGAGAAAUGCGUUUUGAGUUAAAUGAGGAACUAAAUGCUUGUAGUUACUUACACCUUCAGUGCGAUGGCUGGUCUAAUUUAAGAAAUGAAGGAAUAAUAAACUUUCUUAUAUCAAAACCUCAACCUGCAUACGUUAAAAGUUUGAAUACUGAAAGUAAUCCUCACACUAGUGAAUACCUUAGCCAAGAAGUUGAAAAAGUAAUGAAAGUGUAUGGAGCAAAUAAGUUUCUUGUACUUAUUGGCGAUAACGCUAGAAAUAUACAAAAGGCAUUCGAAUUAACAAAACUCAAAUAUCCACAUGUUGUUCCUCUCGGUUGCUGUGCACAUAUCCUUAACUUGUUGUGCCAAGAUAUUGUAAAGAUACAAGAAGUAACUGUGUUUAUUAUGCAAGCCAUAAAUAUAAUAAAAACUGUUAAAAGGAGUCAACGAUUAAGUUCCUUGUUGAUAAAAUCAAGGCAGGGUGAAGAUUCUACACAAACACUAAAAUUGCCUUGUGCUACAAGAUGGGGAAGUCAUGUUACUUCGUUAAAAAGUUUGAAAGCAAAUAAGAUAGCUUUGCAAAUAUUAACAGUUAGAGAAGAUGUAAAUUACAAUUUCAAGAGAUAUUAAAGAUUUAAUUCUAAGUGAUGAUUUCUGGACGAAGACAGGGGAAUGUAUAAGUAUUUUGGAACCAGUCACUGAAAGCAUAUUUUACUUAGAGAGCGACCAGAAUCGUUUGCAUCGCACAUACAUUACAUUUAGAGAUGUACAAGCUAAGAUACGUUUUGCAUUAAAUGAGAUUUCGACAUUGAGCGAAGAAAGCAAACAGCAGAUUCUAACAUCAGUAUCUUCAAGAUGCAAUAUGGCAAUGAGGCCAAUACAUUUUGCAGCAUAUAUUCUAGACCCCAGGACUCUAGGAGUCGAACUUACUCAAGAGGAAGAACGGGUAUGGAGUUUAUCUACAAUUUAAGCCAACACUUAAGUUUGUCAAAUGUAAUGGCAGAUUUGGCGUGUUAUAAAGCUAAAGAAAACUUUUGGGCCAGAGGAUUUGUAUGGAGCUCAUUAGAUAGCAUUGAGCCCCUAAUAUGGUGGAAAGGUAUUUGUGGUUCCACUGAGUUAAGCAAAGUAGCGAUUCGUAUUCUAUCAGCUCCCUGUACUUCGGCAGCCACUGAGCGUUCCUUUAGUAUCCAAGGCUACAUACAUAAUAACAAAAGAAAUCGACUUACAACUGAAAGAACUGAAAAAAUUUCAUUCAUUUGUUAUAACUGGAAUCUUAAACAUAAAGCUGAAUGCGAGGACAUUCAGUUUAAUGAAGAAAAUACCUUAGAAGCUUUCAUUGAGCAAGUAAAUGAACAUAACAGUUUAGACGAAAUAGAGCCUAUCGAACCUAUACAAUUCAUCGCUUGUAAUAACUCUGAAUCUGACAGUGAUUGACUGUAGUUUUACAUUUUACUUUCAUCUCUUUCUUAAUAAACUCAAAAUCAAAUUAAAAGUUUUUUAUUCUGUAGGCUGCAUAAUAAUAUUGUCUGUCCAGUAUAGUGGACGUCUUGCGGCUGAGAUGACGAUGAUGAAGUACAAAAUCAUAAACACCCAAAAAUUUGGGUGUUUAUGGGGUUUAAACCCAAUAAACCCAAAACACCCGGUUUUUACCCACCAGACUUUAAACCCACCCAGGUGGAUUGCCCAUCUCUAUGGAUUACAAUGAAAUGGUAACUCCGCCUGCACUAACGGUAUAUGCUAGCGAUGUACCAGUGAAGGAUGA